UGGGACGACCGCCAUAUCUUACCGUUUCCUAGCGUGGUGCGUUACCGGUGUAUUAUAGGCGAAUCUGAAUUUCCUCCGGAAAAAGAGUUUAUGUUCCGUCUCACCAACGAAUCGCGAAUUUCAAAACAUAGCGAUUUACUUUAUUACACAAUAUGAGUACCGAUAGUAUCGAAAAGUUGUAUAAAAAUUUUGGGGUUCUGGCGGACGCAAAGGACAAGCUCGCGGAGCAUGAGAAAGAAUAUCUAGAAAUUCUGACUGCAGUUAAAGGGUCACCAAAGGAGAAACGUUUAGCUUCUCAAUUCAUUGCCCGAUUUUUUAAACAUUUUCCAAAACUAGCCGAUCGCGCGAUCGAUGCUCAUUUGGAUCUUUGCGAGGAUGAAGACAUGGCGAUAAGAAAACAAGCUAUAAAAGACUUACCGGCAUUGUGUAAAGAUAGCAAAGAGCAUACACCAAGGAUUGCAGACAUUCUUGCGCAACUCCUGCAAGCUCAGGAUUCAUCGGAAUUGGCUGUUGUUCAUAAUAGUAUUAUGACGCUUCUGAAAAAUGAUCCGAAAGGAACUCUGAGUGGUUUCUUCAGUCAAAUACUUAGUGGAGAUGACGGUACAAGAGAACGCUGCAUUAAAUUCUUAGCAACUAAAUUGAAAGCAAUAGGUCGAGACGUCAUCACAAAAGAACCUGAAGAUUUGCUUAUUGUAGAAUGUAAAAAGGUUUUACAGGAUGUGACAGCUGAUGAAUUUCAUAACAUUAUGGAGGUUCUCGCAUGGACCAGAUUAGGAUCGACACUCACUGGACAACAAGAGUUAGUGGACAUAGCAAUAGAUCAAGCCGAACUGUCCAUUCCGUUUAAGCAUACUAAUAUGGAACAAUGGAAUAGGCUCGUACAAUGUGUCAAACAUGCUCUUCCAUUUUUUAACUCUCAUAUAGAUUCUUCAAAGUUCGUGUCGUACAUAUGUGUACAGGUGUUACCACAUUUGUCUUUGAUAACUUCACCCGAUGGCAGAGACGUUCAAUUGGAACUCUUAAAACUUCUUGCGGAAUUAGCUGUAUUUUGUGGAAGCAUAGAGAAGCCCGAAGAGAAAGUACAACAACUAUAUAAUACUCUUAUCACAUACAUGCCACUUCCUCCAGCUGUCGAGGUGACAGAGGUUCCGAAGUUACAAUUUAGCCAUGUGGAAUGUUUGAUGUAUGCAUUUCACAAGUUGUGUAAACAAAUACCAGAAUUUCUGACAAGGGAUGCGGAUCAGCUUAAAGAGUUCCGUCUGAGGUUACAAUACUUUGCACGUGGGAUUCAGGGCUACAUAAAGAAACUUAGGGAAGCAAUAAGUGGGAAGACCGAAGAUGAACUGAAGUCUGAGGAAAACCAGCUGAAAGUUAUUGCACUCAAAACAACAAAUAACAUUAAUACAUUGAUUAAAGAUCUGUUCCAUUCACCACCCAGUUUUAAGAGCAUUAUACAUUUAUCUUGGAAGACUCCGACAAAUGGCAAGAAGCCUUUGGAAAAAGCAACCGUUGCUCCCAAGCGACAUACACCGAUUACAUUUGGUAAUGACAGUACAUCAAACAAGCGUAAUAAAGAUGAUACAAAUUCUGCAAGAAGUAACAAAAGAGAAAUCUAUACUCCACCAAGUGGAAAAUACAGUUCAAACAUUUCCCAGAAUUAUGGUAACCGUGGUCGCUUUAGAGGUAAUCGAUCAGGUGGUCGAGGAGGUUUCAGACCCCGGGGUCGUGGAGCUUGGAGGAAGAAUACAUAUUAAUGUACGGAGGCUACAAUUAACGUCACAAAAGUAGCAACAUACAAGAACUGCAAAACAAAGUCUCGGAAGCGUAUAACGUGUAGUUUUUCCAGCAUGUGAAUACACGAGUGACACAGAAACUGAAGCUUCUCAAAAGGACAGUGCGAUAAUCUUAUGUAAAGAUUUCGAAUCGUGCUUUGCGAAGACUUUCCUUAACUCGCGACAACGGAACGUUGUACCACGCAACCGGUAGGAUUGCAAAAACAACUAACUCGUAUUGUUUAUUUAUAAUUGUUCUUUUUUUAAAUUAAAAUCUAAAGUUUCUUUGAGUGUGAAAAAAAAUGUGAGUUAUGAAUACAACACAAGUUGGUGCUGCCAAAUGUUGACUGAACAAGAAAGCAUACUACAUGAGUUCAAUGAGGAUAUGAAGCAUUAUCGAGACUGGAAACACAAGACUAUGUAGGACUAUGGAGUUAAAAAUAGUCACGGCAUAAGAACGACACAUAAGGAAGAAAGCAGAAGAGGAUACAAGAAGAUAUACACAUGGGACAUUGAACGUGGAUGCUUCAAGAAAUACGUUUAUUGAUAACAGUAAUUCCAAUGAGAUUUUGUUAACUCACCACAGCGACAAACGAGUGUUAUAUCAUCCUGUACUCUGCCAGAAUGUAAAAACAAUUAACUGCAUAAUAAUCAGACUAUCAAGUUUAAUACACGAUUACUAUUAGUGUCA